UCUCUCACUCUACUGAGUUUUUCUUCCUUUAUAGCCGCAGUCAGGAGGAAGAAGAAGGAAAACAGAAUCAAAUUUCUUCCUUCUUUUUUUUUAUUAAUUUAUUUUUGUGCAAUGGCUACUCUCAUUCCUCCGUCAGUUAUAGUUCCACCGGCGAAUUCAAGGUCGGCAGCCGUCGAAUCGGAGAAAGAGAAAGUUGAUUACCUGAACUUACCUUGUCCAAUUCCUUAUGAAGAAAUCCAUCGUGAAGCUCUCAUGUCUUUAAAGCCCGAGCUUUUUGAAGGACUGCGUUUUGAUUUUACCAAAGGACUUAAUCAGAGAUUUUCACUCAGUCAUAGUGUUUUUAUGGGGCCUACAGAACUUCCUACUCAGUCUGCAGACAUCGUCAAAAUACCAACUGCACACUAUGAGUUUGGUGCCAACUUUAUAGAUCCACAGAUGAUGCUUAUUGGGAGAGUAAUGACAGAUGGUAGGGUGAAUGCUAGGGUGAAGUGUGAUUUAUCUGAGAAUCUUUCAUUGAAAGCCAAUGGUCAGCUGACUGGUGAACCACACAUGUCACAUGGCAUGGUUAAUUUCGAUUACAAGGGUAAAGACUACAGGACUCAAUUUCAACUUGGCAAUGGUGCAUUACUUGGAGCCAGCUACAUCCAGAGUGUCGGUCCACAUUUGUCUCUGGGUGGGGAAGUGUUCUGGGCUGGUCAGCAUCGGAAAUCUGGCAUUGGUUAUGCUGCUCGCUACAACACGGAUAAAAUGGUUGCUGCAGGGCAAGUUGCUAGUACUGGAAUGGUUGCACUGAGUUAUGUUCAGAAAAUUUCUGAUAAGGUGUCUCUAGCAUCAGAUUUUAUGUACAACUACAUGUCAAGAGAUGUAACAGCAAGCUUUGGUUAUGAUUACAUCCUUCGGCAGUGCCGUCUCAGAGGGAAGAUUGAUUCCAAUGGUUGUGUAGCUGCUUUCUUGGAAGAGCGCUUGAACAUGGGUCUUAAUUUCAUUCUUUCAGCUGAGGUCGAUCACAAAAAGAAAGACUACAAGUUCGGUUUUGGACUCACAGUUGGAGAAUAGAGGAGGCAGCUUAAACAGGGAUUAGGUAUUAGCAUAUGAGCACAAGAUUAAAAUUGAAAGCAUCUUAACAAGUGAUGCUUUUUCUCAGCGAUAAAAGAAUCGAAACAUCAGUUUUGUAUUUUUAUCGAGCGACAUUGGUUCUGGAACAUACAUUUCAUCAACUGGUGCAACUAGUCACUAAUAGUUGAUUUUUGCAAUUUCGGAAAAUUCUUUUAGACAGUUUAGAAUUGUAGAGUUGACUUUAUUUUGAUAAAGAGAUCUACCAUUCUGAUUUUACUGGAUGCUAUAUGCUUAAUAAUUCUAUGGUUAAAUUUAAUGUAGUGUUUAGAGA